AUGUGGGACAAAAUGGAGACCCCGACCAUUGUGUACGAUUUGGAUACGUCUGGGGGCUUGAUGGAGCAAAUUCAGACACUUCUGGCUCCCCCGAAGUCUGAGGAAGUCGAAAAGAGAAGUCGGAAGUUGGGGAGAGACGUCCGGAGAAGCGGAAGGGCCACAAACCACGACACCUGCGAUAGUUGUAGAGAAGGAGGAGAUUUGUUAUGCUGUGACCACUGCCCUGCAGCUUUCCACCUUCAAUGCUGCGACCCACCGCUGAGUGAAGAGAUGCUUCCUCCAGGAGAAUGGAUGUGUCAUCGCUGCAAUGUUCGAAAAAAGAAGCGAGAGCAAAAAACAGACCAGACCAAUGGCCUGCUGGAAAAAUCCUCUGCUAAGCGAGCUUCCUCUCCAACUAUGGAGUUGGAGCUUGGUGCUGGUCCACUGCGUCUUGAUGGCCUUCCUCCAGGGGCUGGAGCAGCCGGGCCUGGUCUUCGAGUGGCCCAGGUACGCCUCUUGGACCGUAGGAGUAGCAGCAGGCCUAGCAGCCGGCCAGGCACACCUACUUCCAAUAGUUCGUCGACCCCUACGCCCUCAGAGGAGCAGAAUGAUGGUGAAGAGGAGGUAGCUGAGCCUGACGAUGAUGUUCAGGGCACCGAGCAUGAGAGCUCUGCAUUAUCAUCUCCAACCCCGCGUCUUCUUAAGAGGCCCUUUCAGCUACUCAUAGCAGCUGCUAUGGAGCGAAAUCCUACACAAUUCCAGCUACCAAGUGAACUUACGUGUACCACUGCGCUGCCAGGCAGCAGUAAACGACGAAAAAGGGAAGAAUUACUUGGAAGGCCAUAUAGACGACCGCAAUAUGAACUGGAUCCUAACGGUCUGGUACCAUUACCAGUCAAAGUCUGUUUUUCAUGCAACAGGAGUUGCAGAUUGGCUCCCUUGGUACAGUGUGACUAUUGUCCUCUCCUGUUCCACACCGACUGUCUGGACCCACCACUUACAGCUUUACCUGUUGGAAAAUGGAUGUGCCCAAAUCAUGUUGAACAUUUAGUGCUAAAUCAAAGGAACCUUAGCCUGUCUAGUCGGUGCCAGCUUUUUGAUGAGUUUCAGGACAGAAUGUCCCAACAUGCUGUCAAGUUAGACUUCCUACGUCGGGUCCAUCGGCAGUUUUCACCAAAAUCUAGGACCACUCUGCAGUGCAAAAAAAGGACUAUUAAGGUGCCAGAUGCCAUCAAGUCUCAGUACAGGAAUCCGCCCUCCAUUCUACAUCCUGCAGGGGUGCGCCAGUUGGAGCUGGUUUGUAGUGGUGUCCCCGAACACCAGUCCGCAAAGUACCUCACCACAGAAGCUGAACAGCAGGAGUGGCUUCAGGACGUCAUUGCCCUCCAGUGCAGCAUCCUGCGACACUUGUCCACCAAGAAAAUUACACCUACAACGUCAUCACAGGACUCUGAAAAUAAAGACAGGUGUAAAACUUGUACAACACCAAUGGGCCUAAGAACUCAACCCUCUUUACAAAUACCUCCUUCUCCUGGUGCUGACUCUAAACUCUGCAGUACACCUGGUGACCCCCAGGGGUCCUCCUCAACACAGGAUACUGUAGCACAGCAGGUUGACUCAAAACCCUGCCAGAACUGUCGGAAACACAAUGGACCGCUCCCAGAGGAACCUCACCUUUCCAAAGCAAAUGGACCGUUAGACUGUAACAGUGAGUGUCAGAAUUGUGAGCAGACAGUCCCACAGCACAGACUAAAACCCUGCACCAACGUGUCUGACACAGUUGCUGCCACUGACCUGAUAAACCAUGUAGGAACUGAAACACUCAAAAAGGAGCUUGAGAUAUCUCCAGCUCACACUGUAAAACACAUCCCUGUACCUAAAACAACAUGCUCUGAAACCAAGCAGCAGAAUCAUAUGGUUCAGGCAGCGCUUCAGAUGGAGUGUAUGGGCAACAACAUCAAAUCCUCUGACUCCAUUACCAGCCAAGAACAAGAUACAAGCAACAUUGAAUCGUCAUCACCAACUCCAGAUGUGAAGAGUGGGCUGGGACCGGCAGACUCAUUGAUAUCCAGUUCACUCUCCUCCAUCUCUAAUCUCUGCAUUAAAGAUUGCAUGGAUGAUAAAGGAGAGAUCGAGCUAGGCAAGCUUGAUAUAGAGAUGAUCAAGUUAUUGGCAUGGCAGAGGAUCCAGCAGUUAUUCCCUUGUAAAGCCCCUAGGUCUCUACCUACAGACAUCAACGACGCUUCCAAACCCCCUGCAUCUCUCCGUGACUCUCAGAAGAAGCUUCAGGCUCGAGCAGUCUUCUACCCACUGACAGGAAAAGGAAAGGCUGUCAGCAUGUGCUAUAGGACGUUGUACAUAGGAUCUGGUGCUGACAUGGAUGUUUGCCUUCCUAACUAUGGUCAUUGCAACUUUGUAUCAGGGAAACACGCCUGUAUAUUCUAUGAUGAGAAUACCAAGCAUUAUGAGUUGCUUAACUACAGUGAGCAUGGCACCACAGUGGACAAUGUCCUUUACUCCUGUGACUUCUCUGAAAAAGCGUCCCCAUCUCCACCUAGCGGGCUCGUGUCUAAAGUCCAAGGCAUCAUUCGUCGCAGCAAGAAGUGGGUGAAGGACGAAGAACCCCCUGUUGCGGGAUUGCUUCCAGCUGGUGGGGUGAUGAGCAGCCACCCCCAAGGUGGCUUGGAGCAUUCGUGCAGCUGUAAGGCAAGCAGUUCAAGCAUGAUUGGAGGAAGCGGGGCAGGGUGGGAGGGCACUGCCAUGCUCCACCACGGUAGCUACCUCAAACUCGGAUGCCUCCAGUUUGUGUUUAGCAUCACAGAGUUUGCUAGUAAGCAGCUGAAAGAGGAAAACAGCGUCACGCCUGAGACCUGCAGCAGCGGCGCUUUUAGCCUCACGCACACCACAAUUCUGCCACCUCCCCGCAACACUGCCACAGCCAGCAGCCCCUCCAGUCAGGAUGAGAUGGAGACCGUACCUUCUGACCAACUACUCAUGCUGAACUCCAACUAUGUCCCAUAA